GCACUUCUAUUGCGCGCUUACUAAUUCACCGUGAUCAGUGCCUGUGAAUCUGAACCGCCCGAUCAAGUGGUCGAAACAUUUUGCAUUUUUAUCCUCUCAAUCAUUUUCGGAUCGUAAGCCUGCGUUCUGGUACCGUCAAAAACACCAUAUUUCUUGCCUCGCUGGAGUAAAUUCGGGCCUUUUGAGUACGGAGGGUUCGAGUUGUUCGAACCGCUUUUGGGGGGGAGGGAGAAAGGAAGGGUAUUGAGGAGUUCGAACCGCUUCUCAGGUCUUGCGAAAGGGAAGCCACGGAGAAAGCAAGUGAGGGGGGGAAUUUGCAGGGAUUAAUGUCGGAGGGAACCGGAGCGGAGGAGCAUACAAACGUUUCCGCAGCCGCGGAGGCGGAGGGCGGAAAUAUGGCGGGAGACAAGGCGGAAGGGGCAGCGGGAGCUGCAAAGUUAGCGGGCGACGAGGGGAGAACUCCUCUCGCUCCGGAAAAUGCGGCGGAAGCCCCGCCGCCAGCAGCGGAGGGGGCCCCGGCAGUAGGGGAAGAACGAACGGCGCCGCAAGCGGGGGCGGAAACAGCCGAGGUACCGGUUCCGCCUGCUAAGCGGUCCCGGGAGGAGGGGGGAGAGGGCGCUGAUACUGCUCCGGUUGGGGGGGGAAGCAGCGGCGCAGCCGGCGGCGGUGAUGGAGGCGCAUCUGAGGCGCAAGCUCCGGCGGAAAAGGCGGCGGGAGGGGCGGCGGCGGGUGAGGAGAAGACGGGGGCUCAGGAUGGGAUGGGCGGGCAGGGCAAGAAGAAGAAGGCACGCCGGCGGCGCGUGCAGUGGGACGAGGGCAACCUGGCGUACUGGGAGGAGCACAAGACGCCACGUCAGCGCAUCGACGAGCCCAAGACGCCGUUCCACACCCUGGGGCCCGACUCGGAGGAAGAGCACCUUCCAGGAAGCAGCGCAGCAGCAGGGCCAUCCGCAGGUGAAAGUGGGGGAGCGGCGGCGUGUGUGGGUGGGAGCAGUCGAGUGAGUGAGUGGACGUCAUCGGAGGAUGAAGGCGAUCACUCAGAGUUCGAACGAUGGAUGGAGGAGCAAGGCCAUACGUACAAAGACUCUGCAACUCUCGCUGCUGCUGUUGCUGCCGGCACUGCUCCAGCCUCCCUGCUUGAUGCCAACAUAUACUACAGUACAGGGCGGGACAAGGGCAAGGGGAAGGAGCCGAUGGGGAGUGUGGCGCAGAGCUUCAGGGAGCACAGGAAGCGGCACUACGACGAGUUCAAGAAGAUGAAGUUGCUGGAGGCAGAGAGGACGGAUAAAGAGGAGGAAAUGGGGGAGGAGAAUGGGCUCGUGCAGCAGGAGUCGGAACCUGCUGCUGCUGCUGCUGCUGGUGACGCUGCUGCUGCUGUUGGUGGUGGUGACGCUGCUGCUGAUGUUGGUGUUGGUGCUGGUGAUGGUGAUGUUGGUGGUGCUGGUGAUGGAGGUGCUACCAUUCAAGGUGGGGGCGAAGGGGAAGAUGCACAAGGAAGCAUAGACAAUUCUGCUGUCAAUGGGACGAGCUGUUGACCGGUGGUUGUUUCGUGGGAUGCUGUACAAAAUUUUAUGCUGAUCUAGGACACUACUUGAAGAUGUUACAAUGCCAUGGUACAGGAUGGGUUUGUGAUGUGGCCUGGAUUUAGCUCUCCUGUUUCGUAUGCUUUUAGUGAGAUAUGUCAUGUCAGUCAGGUGGUA